CCCGGGGGCAGGAGGGAAGUUUCUUUUCUCCUGCUGCUCCGACUUCCCUCUUUGAUUUAUAACGGCCAUGAAAUGCUCUGUCCUCUUCUUCUUUCCUCACUGCCUCUCCGGGCCCUCGGAGAGCACGGGGGCUGCCUCUCGGGGCCCGUGUGUCCCCCCACCCGCCCCCCAGCCCCCACCGUCGCCCCCGAGGCUGCAGCAGGGCCCAGCUCAGCCCCCCGGGGAGCCAUUUCCGCUGAGCACCGGCACCAGGGGCACCAGGCAGGAAAUGGACGGCUGCAGGGGGUGGCCGGCGGGCUCUCUGUUUGGAAACGGGGCAGCUGCGGGGGUGACUGCUGAGAGCUGGACUGAAUCGGCCAUCCCCGGGCCCCCAGUGCCCGCUCGCGGCCCCGCCGCCAAACCCCUCUUUCCUCUGGCUCGGCCGAAGGACGGAAGGGCCGGGCCUUUGGCCGGUGGACGGGCCGAGGACCCCUGGACGAUGCGCGGGGAAGCCUAGAGCCGUCCCCCCCACCGACGUUGAGCGGGAAGCCCCAUUAUUCCCGUGAGCCCCAGGGCAUCCUGGGAAGACCUGAGAGAGCAAAGGCUGAAUGACUGUCUCACACCCGACCCCCGGCUUCUGUCCCAGGCCCCUGGCCCCAGCCCUCGGCCCCAACCGGGGCCUCCAGACCUAGGCCUCUGGGGCUCUAACUCUCACUAGGCCCCACCUGGUCCGUGGAAGCUGAGGAAUGGCCCUGCCGUUCAUUCAUGCCGUUCCUGUGGGCAAACAGCGGGUCCUCCCGCCAAAAGUUGAGGAGGAAAUGCCCCCUGGCGAGCAAGGAGGAAGAAAGCCCAGGCGGGGCUCCUUGGAGUGGUGGGGCGGGGAAAGGGGACAACUGCUGGAGGACUCGAGGGUGGGCUGAGCCUCAGGGAGCAUCUUUUCUGGGGUAGGGGUCUCUGCUGGCUUGUGACUGUACGUGAGUCACAAACCGGCAGGAUGUGUGGGGGAGGAAUGAAGCCUUCACCCGACUAGAUACGGGUGGCCACCGGGUCCCCGUCAGACUGCCCCGUCGCCGCCCUCCCG